GAGAGCAGUACAAUUCGAUCGGACUAGGAGUCAAAUCAACUAACUGUAGAAAAGACGACACGCGGUCGGAGUCGUAUAAUAGUCCAUGAUAUUGAAACUGAGGGAAUCACAGAGAAUUCCUUUGAAUUGUGUCUGAGGUGUUUCAGUCUGAGGGACUGGAAGGUUGUGUGAGGACGUCGGGGAGCUAUGGGGUGCAGGAAGCAGCGCUGGUCGUCCACGGAGGUGCUUCUGAGUGUGCUGUGUCUGAUUCUGCUUGCAGUGUGUGUCGGCCUCAUCGUCGUCUCUUGGCUCGCCCUACAGGCUGACCAGGACCAGGGUGAACCAAAUGGCAUAGUGUUCAAUGGGAGGAUGGUCAUUACGAGGGGUGCUGUGUUCACGGAGGAGCUGAGAAACAGGAGCAGUCUGCAGUUCAAGUCCCUGGCCUUUGAGACAGAGCAUCUAAUAUCUGAAGCGUAUGGCCGUGGCUCCCUCUGUAAUGACUUCAAGGCCUGUAGAGUUUUACAUUUCAGCAAUGGCAGUGUGGUGGUGAACUUUGACCUGCAGUUCCGCUACAGUGUGGAGGUAGAGAUUGUAGAGCAGCAGCUGGUUGCUGGGCUUCAGAACACUGGGGACCUGGUGGUCGACCGAAAUAGCAUCCAGGUCACAGUGAAAGAGGACCUAACUACAACCCAGCCGACCGUUCCACCUCAUCUUUCCACUAAACCUCCUUCAGUCGACUGUGGAGGACCCUUUGACCUCUGGGAGCCCAACUCUACAUUCAGCUCCCCCAACUACCCGUCCUCCUAUGGAAACAAGGCUUUUUGUUUGUGGACUCUUCACGCUAGGGAUGGAUGGAACAUCCAGCUUCACUUCCUGGAUUUCGACGUUGAGCCGAUUGAUGACGUGGUGGAGGUGCGAGAUGGGGCGGGGCCAGCGUCUGAACUGCUUGGCGUCUUCACUGGUUUUGAUGCUACCAUCCCAGAUGUGAUCUCUACAGCCAAUCAGAUCACAGUGAUAUUUUCCACAGACAUCUCAGGGCAUGGCCGGGGUUUCCAUGCCAACUUCACAUCUGGUUUAGCGCUGGGAAGGCCAAAGCCAUGUGCCACUGGGUUCUAUCUGUGUCAGUCUGGAGAAUGUAUUUUCAACACCAGUGUGUGUGACGGCCAGCCAGACUGUGUCGACUCCUCGGAUGAAGCUGACUGUGUGCACCUGGUAUCAGUGAAUGGUACGAGUGUCCGACGUCUUCAGCUCCAAGUCCAGACCCGCUGGUACACGACCUGUGCUGAGAACUGGAACGCUCAGUUCACCCACUUCAUGUGUCGUUACCUGGGCUACAGAUCAGGAAGUGCUGUCUUCAUAGCAGCUGAGGAGAAAUACUCUCCUUUCACCACCGUGAGUGUUGCAGCCAAUGGCAGCCUGGACCUCACCCCAAGUGAAAAAUGUACGAGUGAAAAGGUCAUAUCUUUGCAAUGUGACAACCGACCUUGUGGCGUUCGCAUGGUCUCCCAAGAGAUGCGUCGUGGUGGGCUCGCUGAACAAAGGAUGGGGGAAGAUGAGUCAGAGGAGAGUGCGACGGGCAGAGUUGUGGGAGGGGCCGAGUCUCCUAAAGGGGCGUGGCCGUGGAUGGUGUCGCUGCACUGGAGAGGCCGUCACGUGUGUGGCGCCACUCUGAUCGAUAGCCAGUGGUUGGUCACAGCUGCACACUGCAUCUACGGGAAAAAUAUUCACCUUUCCAACUGGGUGGCGGUGUUGGGCCUUCACUCCCAGGCCAAUGUAGGUGUCCUCCCCUCACAGACUCGAAAGGUGGACCGGGUCAUCAUGAACAAGCACUACAACAAGCAGACCAAGGAUGCUGACAUCGCUAUGAUGCACCUUCAAACGAAUGUCACUUUCACAGAAUAUAUCCAACCCAUCUGCCUACCACGGAGCGACCAGCAGUUUGAGGCUGGCAGGAAGUGUUUCAUAGCGGGCUGGGGAAGGGAAGCGGAGCAAGGCGCCGUGUCUAAUGUACUACAGCAGGCCACACUGCCCCUGCUGAGCCAGUCCGAGUGUCAGAAACUGCUUCCUGAGUACAACAUCACGGCCAGGAUGUUGUGUGCCGGCUACCCUGAGGGGGGAGUGGACUCCUGUCAGGGGGACUCCGGAGGUCCUCUCAUGUGUGAGAUGGAUGGCCACUGGGUGCAGGUGGGCGUGGUUUCUUUUGGGAAGGGCUGUGGCCGCCCCCUGCUCCCUGGUGUGUACGCUAUGGUCUCCCAGUUCACUGACUGGAUUGUCCUUACCAGGAGAUCUCAAUGACACUGGUUGCAGUGGGGCAGGACUCUAAAGAACAAUCAGCCUCAGAUGCAGGAUUUUACUUGCGGUUUUGACUACUGAAAUGUAUUGAUGAUUUUGAACGAUAAUAUUUUAAAGAUUGCAAAUGGUAACAAUGGUAACAUGUUUUUGGUGAUUUACAGAACUUAUUUUUUAUCACAUUUAUCACAUUUCUAUCUCUGGCUCUUUCAUGGCUGAAAAGGUUGAAAUGCCUUCAAUGUUGUAGAAUAAAUGUGACACAAGAUGGCAGUAUUGCAUGUUAUGUUCAGGAGACUAUGUUGUUUCCUGUACAACAAUGCCUUCACAUGGAUGUUGUAUCAAUUUGCAAAAACAUGUUCUCAGCACUAUAAAUCGGAUUAC